AUGGGAAACAACGCAACAUCAGCUAAUCGAAAAGUCGAUGCUGCCGAGAGCGUCAAAGAGUUCCUUGAACAGGCUAAAGAAGAUUUCGAGGACAAAUGGAAGAGAAAUCCGACCAAUACUGCGGCACUUGAUGACUUUGAUCGCAUAAAAACUUUGGGAACGGGUAGUUUUGGUCGCGUAAUGAUUGUUCAACAUAAACCCACUAAGGAUUAUUUUGCGAUGAAAAUAUUGGAUAAACAGAAAGUGGUCAAAUUAAAACAAGUGGAACAUACAUUGAAUGAAAAAAGGAUUUUACAAGCAAUUUCAUUUCCAUUUUUGGUCAGCUUGAAGUAUCACUUCAAAGAUAAUUCUAAUUUAUAUAUGGUGCUGGAAUACGUUCCAGGUGGUGAAAUGUUUUCACACUUACGCAAAGUGGGACGUUUCUCGGAGCCUCAUUCGCGAUUUUACGCUGCCCAAAUCGUUCUUGCAUUUGAAUAUCUUCAUUAUUUAGAUUUAAUAUAUCGUGAUUUAAAGCCCGAGAAUUUGUUAAUAGACUCUCAAGGUUACUUAAAGGUAACUGAUUUUGGAUUCGCAAAGAGAGUUAAAGGUCGCACCUGGACUUUGUGUGGAACUCCAGAAUAUUUGGCACCAGAAAUAAUUCUAAGCAAGGGCUAUAAUAAGGCCGUCGACUGGUGGGCAUUAGGUGUAUUAGUGUACGAAAUGGCAGCAGGAUAUCCACCAUUCUUUGCAGACCAACCUAUUCAAAUUUAUGAGAAAAUUGUAUCGGGAAAAGUUAGAUUUCCGUCACACUUUGGAUCAGACUUGAAAGAUUUACUCAAAUAUUUGCUCCAAGUAGAUCUAACAAAACGUUAUGGAAAUUUAAAAGCUGGUGUUAACGACAUUAAGAAUCACAAGUGGUUCGCCUCAACAGAUUGGAUUGCCAUAUUCCAAAAGAAAAUUGAAGCACCUUUUAUUCCUCGCUGCAAAGGACCAGGUGAUACUAGUAACUUUGACGACUAUGAGGAAGAAGCACUUCGAAUUUCGAGCACGGAAAAAUGUGCAAAAGAAUUUGCAGAAUUUUAA